AUGGGUCACAUGGAAAAGGUUUCAGACAUGGAUCUGAUAAUCGAUCAACCCCAUUUCUAUUUCCCUCAUCACCCAGUCUUGAGACCUGACAGCACGUCAACCAAAUUGAGAACAGUGUUCAAUGGUUCAGCCGCAACAUCUAGCGGACUAUCUCUCAACGAUGUCCUUCUAACUGGACCCACGAUACAGCAAGAUAUUUUCAAUAUCCUACUCAGGUUUCGGUGCCAUAAAGUUGUACUGACUGGCGAUAUCCAGAAAAUGUUUCGUCAAAUAAUGGUUCACAAAGACGAUAGAAACUUGCAGUUAAUAUUAUGGCGUUUCUCUACUGAGCAAGCAGUCCACACAUAUCGACUUAACACAGUUACGUAUGGAACUUGUUCAGCUCCAUACCUUGCGGCUCGGUGCCUGCACCAGUUGGGCAAAGAAUUUCAGCAGGUGUACCCAGAGGCAUGCAAAAUUAUCUUGAACGAUUUUUACAUGGAUGACGUAGUAACGGGUCAUGAGGAUAACAUCGAAUUGAUGAGGAUAAAACAGGAGCUGGUAACUAUCUUUACCAGUGCAGGAUUCGAGCUACACAAGUGGAAAUCCAAUGAAAUUUCUAUUACUAAAAAAGGUGAUGGGGAUGAAAUUUCCAAAAUUCUGGGCAUUCUCUGGAACACGACCAGCGAUUCUCUUGGGUAUGCAAAAGAUAUCGAUGAGCAAGCUGGCACCACCAAACGCAACAUCCUUUCGGAAGUUCAAAAGAUCUUUGAUCCUCUUGGCAUUGUUAGUCCGAUCGUGGUCCUAGGGAAGAUAAUUAUGCAAGAUAUAUGGUCAAUAAAGGUCAAAUGGGAUGAAGAACUACCUACGAAUAUCAUCAGUGAAUGGAAACGGUUUUGUUAUCAACUGAAGGAUAUAGAACGAAUCGAAUUUCCAAGACACGUAAGAUCCAAAGCUAAAAUAGUAGAAAUUCACGGAUUUUCAGACGCUGCUAAACGAGCUUAUGGGGCAGCAAUCUACAUCCGCACUGUGAGUGAAGACGAUAGUGUGAAGGUAAGCUUGCUAUGUGCGAAAUCUCGUGUUACACCCACCAGCGAAAAUGGCAAUUUAGAAGACGUUACCAUACCACGGAUGGAACUGAGAGCAGCUUCCUUGUUGGUUGAUCUAACAACAAAAGUAAUGGACUCGUUGUCAAUUCUCAUCAAUGGAAUCCAUUACUGGACAGAUUCUAUGGUAACGCUAGAGUGGCUACGUAAUCCGAACAGAUCAAGACCUGCGUUCAUAAGUAAUCGUGUUAAGGCUAUAAAUGAAAAAACCUCAAUAACUUCCUGGCAUCACGUGCGUUCCAAAGAUAAUCCGGCGGAUUUAAUAUCGAGGGGAGCAUCUGCACGAAAACUUCUCGCUUGCACUAACUGGUGGAACGGUCCAACUUUUCUAACGGAGCAUAAUCAACAUUGGCCACUGGAAUGCAAUACAGCGGUUUGUAGUAUGGUAACAACUCAAGAAGAGGUUACAGGAGAAACGAUACGAGUAGCUCACAAGAAGAUCAUUGUGUGGACUCAAUGGAGAUACUAUGAAAAGGAAAUGUCAUGUCUUACCACAAACAAACUUAUUCCGAGCAGCAGCACACUGCUAACACUAAAUCCCUUCGUCGACAGCGACGGAUUGAUGCGCGUAAGGGGGCGCAUUCAAGCAGCCGGAGUAUCGUACGACCAGCAGCAUCCGAUUAUCUUGCCUCCCAAGUCUAAUUUAACUCUCACAAUAAUUCGCCAUUACCAUACCAUUAAUCUACAUGUUGGCAUGCAAUCACUACCCGAAUAG